ACAUAUAUCAUGAAAAACAUUUAUUUAUUUGUCACCUUCGCUAUUGUGAGUGUUAAUAGUUAUGUUACUAAAAAUACAAAUUCAACAAAAUCACCAAAAGUUACGAGUUCACAUUAUAAAAUAAAUGAAAAGAAAUAUGAAUCUUUGAAGACUUUUACGGAAGAGGAACGCGGUGUGUACUUAGAUGAUGUGUUAUUCGCAUUGAAGAGCCAUAACUGGACUUCAGAGGAAAUACCAUGUUUGAACCAAACAUUACAAAUGUUACAAAAUUUACAAAAUUUCACGCUUUGGGCUGUGUGGCAAUGGGAUUCAAUAUCAUCAGAACCGCAAGGUCUUCUUUUCGGUAAUGGCUUCCAUUUGGGCAACUUCGAUCAAUGCAUGGACGCGCCUUGGCAUAACAACUAUCCAGAUUUAAGGACACAGUACUGCCUCGCAGAUAUUGUUCUAGAAAGAUCUGAUAGAGCUCCUAGGAAACGAAGCAAAGAUCUCGCUAACCCUUAUCAAUCAGCUUUGGAUAUUAUUGAGCACCGAUCCUUGUUCAUGCGACCAUUGAAUCACCUGUCCUGGGGCCUAUGCGUACCAAGGUCUUGCCAGCGGCAAUCGGUACAGAGGCUGUUUGGUAUUCUACUGGCACAUAGUCACCUUGGCGCGGCAGGUCUGCGCGCCAGGAUUUCGGUACCAGAUCCUUGUCAGAGCGGUGACAAACCGAGACAGUACGAUACUCUCUUCUAUUCUUUUAUCACAUUUACGAUUUUAUUUACUGGACUUAUAUUAUUAUGUACAUACAUACGACAAAGGACUAAAGAUUCCGACAAUAAUUCGAUGAAAAAUCAAGUUCUAAAGGCAUUAUGCCUAAGAAACAAUUAUGCAGAUAUAUUAAAAGUAAAUAAGAGUGGAUUGGAUGUUUUCUAUGGUAUACGAUUUUUAAGUAUGUGUUUAAUUACUAUGGAUCAUCAGUUCGGUAUCGCAAACGGAGGACCCAUUAGUAACGGAGCUCAAGUUGACGAGGAUGCAGUAUCCUUCACCGGCCUGUUGGUACUUCACAACGAUUUGUUCGUGGAUACAUUUUUCCUUCUAUCAGGUUUUCUAUCAGCAAAUACAUUGUCGACUUUCAAGAAGAUGCCUAAUUUAUUUAUUCUCAUUCUGAAAAGAUACGUUAGAUUGACAGUGGCUUUCGCAUAUAUAAUAUUCUUCGUUUGCUCUGUGUACCCGUUUACUGGGUCAGGACCUCUGUGGAGCAGGGCUAUAGCUUUAGAAACCGACCAAUGCCGCAAGAACUGGUGGCUCAGUCUACUCAUGCUCAAUAAUUAUAUUGACUCCGAGAAUAUUUGUAUUGUUGUGUCAUGGUACAUACCAUGCGACUUUCAUUUCUUCGUGGUUACAUUACUACUGUACUGGUUGUACAGAACUCAACCGAAGAUGGGUGUUGUUUCUGCUGUUGUCGUUUCUAUUGGCGCUCUCGUCUCACCUGCUUUAGUCAACUAUUACAACAAUCUACCACCCAUACAACUGUUCACGUACGAUUUCCUAUCGAGCCCCAGAAGUCAGCGGCAGUUCCAAUUGACGUACAUCAAGAGCCACACGCGCUAUGCUGCCUACCUUGUCGGCUUCUUCAGCGGAUUAUACUUUGCUCACUGCAAAGCCAUCGGCAACAUUAAAAGAAUAUCCCGCAAAUACUCCGUAUUGGGCGCUUGCAUAUCUUUAGUGGUAAUGUUUGGUUUAAUGUUAUACGGAGCGACAUAUGUAUGGCGUAGCUACGAGUUAGUGGCCGGCACUGUGUACGCUACACUUGAGCGUCCUCUGUUCGCCAGUAGUAUUGCACUGCUGGUCUUAUGCUGCUCUAUGGGACACGUACCUCUAAUAAAGGGCUUCUUGAGCUGGUACCCGUGGGCACCGCUGAGCCGGCUGAGCUACGGUCUUUACCUCACGCACUCCUCGAUCAUUGCCCGCAACGUGUUUAGCGCCAGAGGGUCACAGCGCGCUGACACUUUCUUAUUCCUAAUACAGACGGGUGGUGUUAUUAUAAUGGGAAGCAUUGCUGCGUUAUACAUUCUUCUUAUAUUUGAACUACCAAUCAACAAUUUACUUAAUUUGUGCUUCAUAAAACGGAAGAAAACAAGUGAGAACAAUCAUACCAUUCGUGACGUAGAAUCAGAAAAAGGAAAUGACAACAGAGGCUUCAUACGAGAACAUCGACGAAGUCUCCCGUCUCCAGCCAGUGUUAUUUCUAAAUUUUAAUUUAUUCAUAUUUUUAAAUUAUGUAACAUGUGUAAAUUAUGUUUAAACAUAAGCAAUACCAUAAGAGUGUUUUUUUUGUAAUAAUUUUGAAUAAUACAUAUUUGUUUACAUUCUAUGUGUGUACGUUAAUUACUUUAAAAUGGGCCGUUUCCUUUAAUUCAUCGGAUUCAUGCUUUUUUAUAAUGAAAAUAUUUUUCUAUUUGUAUCAUAAUAUUGUCAUUCCCA